CUGGUCCCUCUGGUCCCCUUGGUCCCCUUGGUCCCCCUAGUCUGCCUGAUCCCCCUGGUCCCCCUGGUCCCCCUGGCCUCCCUGGUCCCCUGGGCCCCUAAAGGCAGGCCCACGCGACGCUUCUCCAAUCCAUUUUAAUUUACCUUUCGUUCAUUGAAAUGGCAUUGAACUCGACUUGAACCUACGCAAUGCUACGCACGCCGCGCGUAACGAAAACAUGCGGAAUGGUUAAAUAACGAAGUCUUUGAUGACGUUAAAAAAUAACACUUCUCUUUUUUUUUUUUAAUAAAAUGAAAUUAUUCUUUUCUUGUAAAAAAAUAACGACACGUAGUAUAACAUUUCUUAUGUUUGCGUUGUUGUUGACUUGGGAAUAAUACCUAUGGAUUUAUAAGCCAUGUUUUUCGAUUUAUUCAAUUAGCAACCGUGAUGGGUACGGGUGUCUUGAGGAGAUUAUCGUUGAAAGAAUGCAUGGGUACCCUGAUAAGAAUGCCCGUGUACAUUGACAUACUCAAUCGGUUAUUCUGAUGCCACAAUAAAUUGCAAUAAAAUUACAUUGUCUCGGUAAUAUUACAUUCAGGGUCUGAGUUAAUGAAGAUUAUAACGUAAUGUCGGAUUUAAUCCAAGUAUAAAUAAGCUAACACGGAAGGCAUACCGUGUUACGGGUAUUUAUACAUUUUCUAACUUGUAGUUCUUCCGCUUUGCAUUUUUCUACGUGAAGCUUCACUUAUGUGUGUAAAUUUAUAUGGAGCUUUGUCAGGGUAUAUUGGGUGGAAUAUUAAUGAAAAUUCUCACAAGUCGGUCGCGUGGCGUAGCGUAACGACGUAAGGCGUCACGUAGGCCUAGCGGGUACCAACCUUAAGUAAGUUAGUCCCCGAGAGACUCCUGAGGCCCUGGGACCCCCAGGCCCCGGAGCCUCAGGAAGGGGGCCCAGUCUUGCUCGGGCCAUUGGAAUAAGAGGCGUCCCGAGAAGAGCCGAGGCUCUUCAUGGCAAACAAACGUGACUUCCGAGUCCCUCGGGGACUCUUCCGGGUGUGUUCGAUGAUUGUCUUGGAUUUCGCGGAGCCCGCUCGGGUUUAUCGACUCUAUCGAACACCUGGUGAAUCCUUCCGGAUUUACUUCCAGGAUAACUUUACGAGAAGUGCCACCAAUAACAGAUCAAAAGUCUCCAAAGUAUAAUUCGCUCGAUAUCUGAGUUACAUUUUGUUCGUCGAUUACUUCGAGACUUCAAAUACUGUAAAAGAGGUGAAACCGAUAACAAAUGAAAAAUAUCCAAAGUUUAUUUCACUCGAUUUCUGACUUAUAUUUUGUUCGUCGAUUACUUCGAGACUUCAAAUACUUUAAAAGAAGUGCCACCAAUAAUAGAUCAAAAGUCUCCAAAAUAUAAUUCACUCGAUAUCUAAGUUACAUUUUGUUCGUCGAUUACUUCGAGACUUCCAGUACUUUAAAAGAAGUGAAACCGAUAACAAAUGAAAAAUAUCCAAAGUUUAUUUCACUCGAUAUCUGAAUUAUAUUUUGUUCGUCGUUUACUUCGAGACUUCAAAUACUUUAAAAGAAGUGCCACCAAUAAUAGAUCAAAAGUCUCCAAAGUAUAAUUCACUCGAUAUCUAAGUUACAUUUUGUUCGUCGAUUACUUCGAGACUUCCAAUACUUUAAAAGAGGUUCGCGAGUGAAAUAGUGGAGUUCGAUGCCGAUGAGAUCUGAGGAUUAUUUUAUGACCGAUGAAGGACCGAGUAACAGAGGUGAAGAAGAAAUAUCGAGUCCAUUCCAGAAGAGCUUCCUGAAGACGUCGCAAGUUUUGGCGGACUCUUUAGAGGCUGUGCCAAUUAUUCCAGAAGCCUGGUAAUUACCGAGUUCCAUCUACGUCGGCCAUGUCGACCACUUCGGCGUUGCCCAGAGUCGAAGAUCUGGAGCGGAGUCAACAAUGGGCGGCUUUGAGGAGCGACAUCGACGACUUCGAGCGGAUAUACGCGAAGAAAGUCACCAGAACAAGGGCUCCGAUGAUCGAUGCCCCAGAAGAACGUCAAACUCGGCGCCGUUCCAUGCCGGAGCAGCAGAGAGUUGACAUCGUCUACGGGAAAAUGGCCAAAAACCAGAGCGCGACCUCGAAGAGGGCCAACAAUUCGACCAACGAAAAUUGGGGGUGGAAACCAAGGACGGAAUUCGAGAGAAGAUACUUCUCCGAAAGUUGCUAUCAGCGAAUCGAACACGAAAGGAAACCCAGUCCGACGUUUUACGAGAACGAAGGAUUCCUUCGAAGCAACGCGUCUGACCAUAACGGCAUGAGGGAUUCCUUCUCACCAGGAAUGCUGGAAGACGCGAAAAGAGACCCUCUUCAGGGUUCAUGGAACCGUGCCGGAGAUGAAAAAGUCCUCCGGUUCUUCGGCAACGAGGGAUCGGACUAUCAAGGGAGCAGAGAGAGACUGCACGAGAUUUUUGAACACAAUCGGUUCCUAAGGAGACAAUUUUUUGCCAACCUGCCGGCGAACGAGAAUAAUUCCUCGGAACGAUUUAAUGUUUCCGGGGGCUCCGUUGACGACUUGACGAAACGAAAUCACGAUGUCGUUGCCAGACCCUACGGUAAUGGUUUUGGUAGUACAGAAACCGUGACCAGCCAGAGCAACCAGUCGGCCUCCAGCAUCGGUGAAAAAAGGUCCAGGGCGAAUUUCGGGAACACUCCAGAAGUUUUGGAAACUCGAGGACCCUCUGGAAGUCCUCGAAGAAGUCAAAAGUUCACCUCGAGGGAUUCGAAAGAAGAACGGGUCGACGAAUCCUCGGAGUUCGCUGAUAAAAUUGUUCCGAAGAUCGAUUUACGACCCAAUGUCCCCAGCGACUGGAAGCGAUACCUCGAAGAGGGAGAACGAAAAGUCGAAAUCGGUUCCGAUGUUCCUAGAAGUACUUGCAAUUUUUCCAGGAGUUAUAAUAUCGAAAACACGAAUAAUCAGGACGACGCGGGAAGUGGUUCGGACGUCGUGGACUUUUCUGUCGAAGUUCCGGAGUUAAAAAAUUCCGAGGUCUCUAUAAAUGAGUCCGUUCUUGAUAACGGACAAACCAUGGAUCUGGUAAAGAAGGCUUCUCAUUCAACGCGCGAUAAUUCUGGUAUCGCGAGAGCUUCUAUUUAUGAAGUCGAGUCAGAGGGAUUGAAGUUAUUGAACUCCUUGGAGUCUCGAAUAGAAGCUCGGAAGGAGACGAGUUCCGAACGUCGUUCAAUGGUUCCUUUGAGUUCCAACCCUUCCCAUGACGAUUACAAAAUCUCGCCAUGGGGGGACUGUAACAACGAUUGUUCUCACGUGACAGCCGUGAUGACGAGACCAAAAAGGAACAGGUCUUACGAUCUCCGAAAAUCAUUGCCCAACCUUUCGACUCGCGAGUCGUGUCGCGACUCUUCAGGGUCCAUAGCACGACUCUCCGUCAAUGGACUUUCAGCCGACGUAUCCAGAAGCUGGGAGUUCGACUUGAAUGCCCAGGAAAAACCUAAAACUAGUCCAUACUUUCCUUUGAGGCCUGCGGAAGCUACCAAGCUCUACAAGUCUCCCAGGUCAUCCUCAAGGUUCACCUCUGAAGAUACCGAUCAGCAGGAGGAGUACGAAGAAUACGCCUUGAAGUUUUACAGAGCAUGUCUUCAGCUGUCGGCAGACACCGUUACGUCUCAAGAGACCCGGAGAGUCCUUGCUCGUUCGCAGAAAAGGAUUCCACCACCUCUGGACCUCUCCAGGGUGUACGAGCUGGCCGACCACGAGGACGAGGACCGGAAGAUGCUGAAGAACUACGCGGUGGACGUGUCGGUGUUGCAGAACCACGACGGGCCCCAAACUGCAGUCCUGACGGUGAUCAACGACGAGGAGGAAGACGAGGGACCUCGUCAAAGAAUCAUCGACGAGGCCAAGAUCAGCGAGGCGCUCUUCAGGACCAGCGAGGACCUCCUCGAGUUGUCCUCGAAGAUGUCGAGGAUCUCCGUGAAACAAAUGGCGACCAAGGACGAGGCCAGGACCAGGGCUCGUCUGAUCGCGGCCAAGGCUCUGAAUAAAUCCUGCAACGACAUUUCCACCGCCGAAGACCUGCAAUCUCCCCAGCUGGUGAACAACUUCAAGAACUCCAUGAUCGAUCUCCCCAGGAUCACUGGCACCGCCCUGGUUCGACCCUGUUCGUGGAUGGAUGGUUCCGACAGCGUGUCGAACGGUCCCAUCGCCGGUCCCACCUCGGAACACCGGAUGUCCCCUGACGGACUCACUCCAGGAAGCGGAACCACGGUUCCCUCGGUCUAUGGACCCAUUCCCUACAGUCAGUACUCGUCCUGCUUUAAUACCAUUCCGGGCGUACCUUUUGUCGCACGGAGACGAACCCCGAUUCCCCUUUUUGGUCUCGUUAACCUAGGUCAACGAGAACCGGUCCCACGUGCUCCGUGGUUCCAGGUUCUCCGGGACCGAACUGGAAGAUGAUUUUCAAGGGCCGGGUACAGAAAUCAUUUUGGCUCUCAACUCGGACCAGAAGAGUUCCUAUUUCUUAAUAAAUUAUAAUAUAUUUUUCAUUACAAUGUGCCAGUACAUGUACCUGAAGAAUUGUUUAGACAGUUUAGUUAACAUCUCCAGGUAGCAUAGCCUAUUACCUAGAAUUUAAAAAAUAUCAUUAAUUCAUAGAAUAUUUUUUCAAAAUAAUUCCGCGAUAAAUGUUUGCAAUCAAUCGUUACCGAGCUCGAUACCUGACCAGUUUGGUUUUGGCUCCCAGGCAGUCGCAACGUUGAAAACAAAUUUUAACGUCAAUUUCUAUCGGAGGUCCAGUUGCAAUCUCCAUGGAACUAGCCGAGUGCGGUUCGGAGUUUGAUAUAUCGCAACCCUAUUCACGUGAAAUCCGUUACAAACUUUACAGUAUCCGAUGCGCCCAUAUUUGGAGCCUUCUAGUGUACAGCCUGAAUGUACACGAGUUUACACGCCGGGACACAACGUGCUUUCCAAUUAGGAUUUAUGCUAAACUCCGCUAAAUGCACUUCUGAAGCAAAGCUCAGCAAUUCUGUCAGAAGUUGCCCCGAAUGGGCCUGAAUAUUUCAACCGAGGGCCACUCGGUUUGAAUUUCCCCGGUGAAUUCGCUGGCCAGAUGUAAAUCACUAUUUUCUGGCACGAACAUGAAUUCCAGAUUCCAUGAGAGCCUCCCAAGUGUAUCGAAGCUCCCUGACUCUCGGCAUACCUUGAAUACCUAAAAAUCAAAAUUGAAAAUUCAACAUCCACGUUACGGUCCAAGGAACCUCCUGCCACCUUCAAAAAACCUCAUGAAUAAAUAAUCACAAGGUGUAUUUUCAUUAAUAAUACAUCUCAAGACCAUUGUUAUACUCCAACCUGUUCAACGGAAGGAAUUCUCUCCGACUCGAAAAUUCUUUCGCUUGAAUACCUAAAAAUCAAAAUUGAAAAUUCAAAAUUGAAAAUUCAAAAUCCACGUUACGGUCCAAGGAGCCUCCUGCCACCUUCAAAAAACCUCAUGAAUAAAUAAUCACAAGGUGUAUUUUCAUUAAUAAUACAUCUCAAGACCAUUGUUAUACUCCAACCUGUUCAACGGAAGGAAUUCUCUCCGACUCGAAAAUUCCUUCCCUUGAAUACCUAAAAAUCAAAAUUGAAAAUUCAAAAUCCACGUUACGGUCCAAGGAACCUCCUGCCACCUUCAAAAAAUCUCACGAAUAAAUAAUCAUAGGGUGUACUUUCAUUAAUAAUACAUCUCAAGACCAUUAUUAUACUCCAACCUGUUCAACGGAAGAAAUUCCCUCCGACUCGAAAAUUCUUUCCCUUGAAUACCUAAAAAUCAAAAUAGAAAAUUCAAAAUCCACGUUACGGUCCAAGGAACCUCCUGCCACCUUUAAAAAACCUCACGAAUAAAUAAUCACAGGGUGGAUUUUCAUUAAUAAUACAUCUCAAGACCAUUGUUAUACUCCAACCUGUUCAACGGAAGGAAUUCUCUCCGACUCGAAAAUUCUUUCGCUUGAAUACCUAAAAAUCAAAAUUGAAAAUUCAAAAUCCACGUUACGGUCCAAGGAACCUCCUGCCACCUACAAAAAACCUCACGAAUAAAUAAUCACAGGGUGGAUUUUCAUUAAUAAUACAUCUCAAGACCAUUGUUAUACUCCAACCUGUUCAACGGAAGGAAUUCUCUCCGACUCGAAAAUUCUUUCGCUUGAAUACCUAAAAAUCAAAAUUGAAAAUUCAAAAUCCACGUUACGGUCCAAGGAACCUCCUGCCACCUUUAAAAAACCUCACGAAUAAAUAAUCACAGGGUGGAUUUUCAUUAAUAAUACAUCUCAAGACCAUUGUUAUACUCCAACCUGUUCAACGGAAGGAAUUCUCUCCGACUCGAAAAUUCUUUCGCUUGAAUACCUAAAAAUCAAAAUUGAAAAUUCAAAAUCCACGUUACGGUCCAAGGAACCUCCUGCCACCUACAAAAAACCUCACGAAUAAAUAAUCACAGGGUGUACUUUCAUUAAUAAUACAUCUCAAGACCAUUGUUACACUCCAACCUGUUCAACGGAAGGAAUUCUCUCCGACUCGAAAAUUCUUUCCCGUCGCAAUUACCGGAGUUUGCCGAGUCUCGUUCCGUCAGCUGAUUCUGACAAAUGGAGGCCCUCGUAUCAUCGGCAAACAAAUGUUUAUGCGUGUAUUAUUCACACGCACGGAGACUCGCCCUGUGCCCAUGUAACGACCCAUUAACGCCCCCCGUCCACACCCACGUGCUAUUUUCUUUCACUCUCGCGUGCCACUUUUAAUUUUCCAAGAUGCCUAUCCUCCCUGCCUGGCAAUUGUCGUAAUUGCACGCGGAUCGGCGCAAAGCCUUCCGGGGUCCCUCUGUACGCGCGUACAUUCGAGUACUUUGAACCCCGAUAGCUCCUCUUCAACGGAGAUAAAUCAAACUCGCAUACAUUUCACUAAGUUGCGGUCGUAGAAAAAAUUUAAAAGUUCAUACACGUGAUUAAAAUCGAAAUUAAAAAUGACCUGACAUAUAAUUAAUGCGUCCUUUUGAGGUAUUCCUCUUUGUGACGCGUGUAAGAGCAGGGCUCGAGAUGAAAUCCGCGUAGAAAGCCAAGGCGCAGGCGCAGUGCAGUCCUCGUUGCAUCGGAUAGACUGCACGGCGCCUCUUGUGCGCCUAUCAUAUCAGUGCUAUCGUCAACUCGCUAAGUGACAGACGUGUAGUGCAUUAUCGUGGACAAAUCCCGCAACUCGCUGUCACCAAUGGAACCUAAAAACCAUUACAUCUAAAAAUCGCCGAACCAUCGAUACCCACAACUCGUGAUUAUCAACCGCGUAAGUUUGCUGGAAAAAGAAAAGAAAAAUGAAUCCAUUAAUAUUCCCCGAAGUUAAUGCCCUAAACUACUGAAAUUCUGUGAAAAAUAAUAGAAAUUACCAUUUUCUAGGCAUAGAAAAUAUUGGGACAUAAUAAACGAGUAGAUGUAAAUAUUAUAGGGGAUACAAGGGGGAGUGAUUCAAAGCAUGCAUCUCUUUUUUAGAGCGUAUUGGGAAAAAUUCAAGGAAAGGAAACUGUGUUGUCGGGGAAGUGUAAGAAAAGUGUCCUGGGAGCGGUAUCGGUUUGGACCGUUUCGCUGCAACGAAGUGCAUAUGGAUUCUGGAGUUUUUGCAAACGAUCAAUGGGUCGCAGAUUAUGCAGUUUCGAAACGGGAAAAUUGAAAGGGUAACCUCGCGGGUGACACCGAAAGGACAGGGUUAGAGUGACUGGUGCAUACGCGAGCACACCUCGCGUGUCGUAAGCGCGUAAUUUUACACCGAAGUGCACGUCGGCACAAUUUAUUAUGCAACUCGCGUGUGACUCACGAGUAUCGUUUGAAGUUACCGCCCACGUAAACAUCAUUUACCCUCGGAGCGAUGGCCGAUCGGAUGUCGACAUUAAAGAACGAUCGCGGGAUUAAAGACGGGCCGCGGUCGACGACUCUCGCGCGAAAAACGAAUUUGGCGCGAAACUCUGCCGAGGUGUCUUAAGGUGAAGUGAAAC